CCGCGGCCCCGCGCUGGGAGGAAGCCAAGACUUUCUGCGACAACCUCUCGCCCAAGAAGAAACCCAAAUCGCCCAAGCCUCAGAACGCAGUCACCAUCGCUGUGUCCUCCCGAGCCUUGUUCCGCAUGGACGAGGAGCAGCGGAUCUACAUGGAGCAGGGCGUGGAGGAGUAUGUGCGCUACCAGCUGGAACACGAGAACGAACCGUUCAGCCCCGGGCCCGCCUUCCCCUUCGUGAAGGCUCUGGAGGCUGUGAACAGGCGGCUUCGGGAGCUGUACCCAGACAGUGAGGACAUCUUUGACAUCGUCCUUGUAACCAACAACCACGCCCAAGUGGGUGUCCGUCUCAUCAAUAGCAUCAACCACUAUGACCUGUUCAUCGAGAGGUUCUGCAUGACAGGUGGGAAUAGCCCCAUCUGCUACCUCAAGGCCUAUCACACCAACCUCUACCUGUCAGCUGACGCAGAAAAGGUUCAAGAAGCCAUUGACGAAGGGAUCGCAGCUGCCACCAUCUUCAGCCCCAGCAGGGACGUGGCUGUAUCCCAGAGUCAGCUGCGCGUGGCCUUCGAUGGGGAUGCUGUGCUCUUCUCGGACGAGUCGGAGCGCAUUGUCAAGGCCCACGGGCUGGACAGGUUCUUCGAGCAUGAGAAGGCCCAUGAGAACAAACCCUUGGCCCAGGGACCUUUAAAGGGCUUUCUGGAGGCCCUGGGUAGGCUGCAGAAGAAAUUCUACUCCAAGGGCCUGCGGCUGGAGUGCCCGAUCCGCACCUACUUGGUGACGGCACGCAGUGCAGCCAGUUCUGGGGCCCGGGCUCUCAAGACCCUGCGCAGCUGGGGCCUGGAGACAGAUGAAGCCCUGUUCCUUGCAGGAGCGCCCAAGGGCCCCCUGCUCGAGAAGAUACGCCCACACAUCUUCUUUGAUGACCAGAUGUUCCAUGUGGCUGGGGCUCAGGAGAUGGGCACAGUGGCUGCCCACGUGCCUUACGGUGUGGCACAGAUGCCUCGGCGGACUGCACUUGCGAAGCAGGCCCCAGCUGCACAAUAG